GGGGGCGCGCGGAGCGGGAACGGUGACAGGGAAGCGCACGCGUGCGCGGCCGCUGUAGCGCGUCCCCGCGACCCUCCUCGGCCGCUGAGUGGCGGGCGAGGUCUAGGCCGCUGCCGUCUAGGGGCCCUGUUCCCUGGCGUCCUCUGCCCGACUCCCUGAGUGCCAGGCCGCGAGCGCUCCGUCGGUCCCUGCUCGCGUACCCUCCGAGUGGCUGGCAGGGACCGCCCCCCGACGCCCCUUUUCGCUCCUGGGCAGGGUCCUCGCGGCCCAUGCGGGCCGUUGGGGGCCCGCACCGCCCACCUCGCUCCCGGACCGGCCGGCCGGCCACCAUGGUGGACUUGAGGCCUGUGCGGCUCCUCCAGGGGGGUUAACCGGUCCAGAGCGCAGGCCGCGGUGGCACAGAGGUCCCGGGCCCGAGCCCAGCACUAUGGCCGGGGCCAUCGCUUCCCGCAUGAGCUUCAGCUCGCUCAAGAGGAAGCAGCCCAAGACGUUCACCGUGCGGAUCGUCACUAUGGACGCUGAGAUGGAGUUCAACUGCGAGAUGAAGUGGAAAGGGAAGGACCUGUUUGAUUUGGUGUGUCGGACCCUGGGGCUUCGGGAAACCUGGUUCUUUGGACUGCAGUACACAAUCAAGGAUACUGUGGCCUGGCUCAAAAUGGACAAAAAGGUGCUGGAUCAUGAUGUUUCAAAGGAAGAGCCAGUAACCUUCCACUUCCUGGCCAAAUUUUAUCCUGAGAAUGCCGAGGAGGAGCUGGUUCAGGAGAUCACACAACAUCUAUUCUUUUUGCAGGUAAAGAAGCAGAUUUUAGAUGAAAAGAUCUACUGCCCUCCCGAGGCUUCUGUGCUCCUGGCUUCUUACGCCGUACAGGCCAAGUAUGGUGACUAUGACCCCUCUGUUCACAAGCGAGGAUUUUUGGCCCAGGAGGAAUUACUUCCAAAAAGGGUAAUAAAUCUGUAUCAGAUGACUCCGGAAAUGUGGGAAGAGAGAAUUACUGCAUGGUACGCAGAGCACCGAGGCCGGGCCAGGGACGAAGCGGAAAUGGAAUAUUUGAAGAUUGCUCAGGACCUGGAGAUGUACGGUGUAAACUACUUUGCAAUCCGGAAUAAAAAGGGCACCGAGCUACUUCUUGGAGUGGAUGCUCUAGGGCUUCACAUCUAUGACCCUGAGAACAGGCUGACCCCCAAAAUCUCCUUCCCGUGGAAUGAAAUCCGAAACAUCUCAUACAGCGACAAGGAGUUCACUAUUAAACCACUGGAUAAAAAAAUUGAUGUCUUCAAAUUUAAUUCCUCAAAGCUUCGUGUUAAUAAGCUGAUUCUCCAGCUAUGUAUCGGGAACCAUGACCUCUUCAUGAGGAGAAGGAAGGCUGAUUCUUUGGAAGUUCAGCAGAUGAAAGCCCAGGCCAGGGAGGAGAAGGCUAGAAAGCAGAUGGAGCGGCAGCGCCUUGCUCGUGAGAAGCAGAUGAGAGAGGAGGCUGAACGCACGAGGGACGAGUUGGAGAGGAGGCUCCUGCAGAUGAAAGAAGAAGCAACGAUGGCCAACGAAGCGCUGAUGCGGUCUGAGGAGACAGCCGACCUGUUGGCAGAAAAGGCCCAAAUCACCGAAGAGGAGGCAAAACUCCUGGCACAGAAGGCUGCAGAGGCUGAGCAGGAAAUGCAGCGCAUCAAGGCCACAGCCAUUCGGACAGAGGAGGAGAAGCGCCUGAUGGAGCAAAAGGUGCUGGAAACAGAGGUGCUGGCGCUGAAGAUGGCUGAGGAGUCAGAGAGGAGGGCCAAGGAGGCAGAUCAGCUGAAACAGGACCUGCAGGAGGCCAGAGAGGCAGAGCGGAGAGCCAAGCAGAAGCUUCUGGAAAUCACUACCAAGCCCACGUACCCGCCCAUGAACCCAAUUCCAGCACCACUGCCUCCUGACAUACCAAGCUUCAACCUCAUUGGCGACAGCCUGUCUUUCGACUUCAAGGAUACUGACAUGAAGCGGCUUUCCAUGGAGAUAGAGAAAGAAAAAGUGGAGUAUAUGGAGAAGAGCAAGCAUCUACAGGAGCAGCUCAAUGAGCUCAAGACAGAGAUCGAGGCCUUGAAACUAAAGGAGAGGGAGACGGCGUUGGAUAUUCUGCACAAUGAGAAUACUGACAGGGGCGGCACCAGCAGCAAGCACAAUACCAUUAAAAAGGUACCCAGAGCCUCUUCCUCAAGCCCAAGGCAGAAGACCUAUCUGCAUUUGAGCCCUGAAAGUAGGUUAUCCCCAGGUACUCUGUAUGUGGUGAUGGUACUGCCCUCUGUGAUACUAACCUGUGCAUGAGCUUGCCUGUCAUUGUCCUCGGGCAGCGCCCGAGCCCUACCGCGGGCAGGUGGCACCUGGAUGCUGGCCGCAGCAUGCUUCAAGUCUGAGAGCAGGCAUCCGCCCUGAGGUCCGGAAUGCUGCCUCAUCUGAAGAGCAUGUCAUGGGGUCGUUGGACCAAUCGUCCUUCACACCAGUGUCGCUUGUGGGCUGGGGAUGGUUGUGGCUUCUUGUCCAGUCAGGUGUGUCUAAAAGUCCUUUGUCUUGGUGGCGUACUCCUUAGAUAAAUAACCCUAGCAUGGAAAUGGGAACAAUCUGGUUGCUUUUACGACUGGUGCCUUUGACUUAUGAUGAAGACUUCCAUGUGAUGAUAACCUCUGAAGACUCAUGGUCACACCUGGCAGCUUCUGGCUUGAUGAAGAGGCUGCCCAUUCUCAUUCAUUCUUCUGCUGAGCCUCCCCUUUCUGUGCAUAUCCAUUUUCUUCUCAAGAAAAGCAAAUGAAUAGCACAGGGAUCUGAACUGUAAGUAAGUCUGAGUGUACUGUUUAUUCCAUCAGGGCUCUGAAGGUCGUCUCUGCUUCUGCUUCUCUGCAGCCUGGAGCGACGUUGUGGUCGAAGUGAACUCUCAUUAGAACAGAGCAGCUGUGAGCACCCAGUAGAUGAGCGCUCAGUGGCUGUUGAGUGAAUUAAUGGAAUGACUACUGCUUUUCUUCUGCCACAGUGUGUUAUUCUUCCAACAUUCCUAGGCAGUGGGGAGAAUUGAUUAUGCCCAAUAACAUGAUGACAUCCUGCCAGUGAGCCAGACAGCAUCCGACAGUAACGUGGGAUUUGUUGUUUGGAGUCCUCACUGCAGUUUCUGCUGCUAGAAUAGAAGCAGCACGUUGGAAGCUCACUACCAAAUUCUACUAAAAUUUUCCAAUUUUCUCUCUAUUAAAUUCUCUAAUUCUACCAAAAAAUGGGACCUGGCAUCAGAUAGAUCCAAUUUGCGUUUGUUAUCUAAGCCUGAGAUGUUAGACAUUAAAGUACCAGAUAGACCUCAUUAUAAGAUGGAUUCAAGCUAUCAUUUGGUUCCAUGGCCUGAACCCUGAUUUGUGUGUGACACCUUCAUUUAGCAGGCUUCAUUUUCUUCAGCUUUCACACCACACGUGGGUGUUGAAUAACCCAACAGUGAACAGUGCAUGCAGGGUCAGAAAUAGGUUAGCUCUGACCAGGGCUGUUAUGACCAGCAUCAGAAUGGGCUGGCCAGGUGAGUCAUGGCUCAAGCAGUGAGCCCCUGGGUCCCAGCAGACUCUGGGGUGGACUCACUUUGGUUUCCUGAACUUUGUAGUUAACACAGGAACAAGCAGAAAAGUCCUUCUUGUUUCAGCCUGUGCUGUCAGAUAUUUCCUACGCAUGACCCUGCUCUCCUCCUUAAUAGGAUUUCACCUUUCUUCAGAGACUUGAUUCUGACCAUCAGUUCUCACUGAGCUGUUAUCGUAGACAAAUGAGGUUUGAUUUUUAAGCAAAUAUGUACUGUUCCUAGGAUAUAUAGGAGGAGUA